CUGGACACAAUGGACUGAAAAGGGAGACAUGGACUGAGGGUGGGAGGGACGAGCAGGAAAGAAAGCAAAAAAAAAAAAGCGCGCUGCCGGGAGGGGAGGGAAAACCAUGACUUCUGCCGCCGAGAUUAAGAAGCCGCCAGUGGCCCCCAAGCCAAAAUUUGUGGUGGCAAAUAAUAAGCCGUCUCCACCUCCUGUUGCUCCUAAGCCUGACAUUGUGAUUUAUAGCGUCCCACAAUCAGCAAAAAAACCCAAGCCAGCAAUAGCUCCAAAACCUAAAGUUCUCAGUGAGUCACCUGUUCGAGAUGUCAAGCAGCCUUCAUCCAGGAGCAUCAUAGUAAACCUGGAGGAGCAGAAACAGGAAUCCUCUGAAAAUGCUGGCAGUUCCAGCCGCCAAAAUAGACACAGGUUCACAGACAACCCAGAAAUGAGAGAUGGCUACGAUUCCAGCCAACAAUUUGGAAUUGAAUUUGAGGAUUUGCCACCUUCCCUGCCCAGCUGUCAAGGAGUUCCUGGUUAUCAGCACUGCCACCAACAAAUUCUUAGAAGUGAACUUCAAAACUGUGUGACUUGUCAGGAUGGCAGUGAGAAAACGAAUGCUUGUGUUCACUCAUCUGAACAAGAUGCACUAGAAAAUGGUAAAAAGAAUACUUUGUCUCCAAAUGGAGUCAGCAAGAAAUCAGAAGUCAAAGAGCUUGGUCCCUUAGAAAUUCACUUAGUACCGUAUGCCCCGAAAUUUCCCACUCCCAAACCUAGGAAGUCUCGUGCUGCUUGUCUGUUACGCCAGAAGUAUAUCGAUAGCCCUAGUGAAAGUACUGAGGAACCAGGGGAUUUGGGUAGUAGCUCCUCAAGUCUAGUCAAAGAUAGUAUGAGAAACAGCAAAAUCGUUGUUCUUCAUCAGAAUGUUUUAUGUAACCAGAAGCAAGUGGACAAAGUGAAACCAGGAAAUAAGUGUGAAUUGAAUGUGGACCUCAGUGGUGACGGACAGAACGCAGUCUAUUCACAGAAAGCCACAGGUCAUAAAACAGUUUCCUUUGAAAAAGUCGCAUCUCCUUUACAUACAGACUCUGAUUGGAGUUCCGACAGCAAGACAGAAGAAUGUUCCAAUAUGCCCCUUGUUGUAGACACAGGGGCUAGUUUUGUCCGAUCCACUUCUUUAUCCAGGAGCCUGCCUAAGCAGCUUAAAUUAAGUUGCAAUGAACCCGUUCCUUGUAUCCCAGGACUGACUGCUCCUCAAAUGCAGAAGGAGCCUGUAAUAAAAGAUGAAAGUUCCUCAAAAAUUGUCCCCAAGAAACCUCAAAGACACAGCUUGCCUGCCACAGGGGUACUUAAAAAGGCUGCUUCAGAGGAGCUCGUAGAGAAAAGUUCUUAUCCUUCAAAUGAAGAAAAAAAUGCAGAGAAGGACCUGGAAAGAAAGGACCUUCAGCAUUUGUGUGUCCAAAACCCUGGUCUGUCAUCCUCCUUUGAUAUGCCUAACCGGACUUCUGAAAAGCCAAUGUGGAAAUUACCUCAUCCAAUCUUACCCUUUCCAGGGAACCCAGAGUCCUUAAAGGCUGUCUCUGUAUCCUCAAAUAGCAAGCCUUCAGCUGCUCUGACCAAGCCCAGAGCAAAAUCAUUAUCUGCUAUGGAUAUAGAAAGGUGCAAUAAGCCUUGCAAAGACUCUCAGAAGAGAAACUCUUUUAAGAAAUUGUUCAACAUGAAACUGUCCAUCUGUUUCAUGAAGAGUGACUUCUAUAAAUUUUGGUCCAAGGGAAGUCAAUAUGGAGAUGCAACUGCAGGCUCAACAGGGGAGCGCCAAGGCGGGGAAAGCGAUUGGCAUGGCAUGUUGGCAGGCAGGAAGAGAGACAGGCCCACCAAGGCAUAUUCAGCAGACAACUACAGCCUGGAAUCCCAAAAGAAAAAGAAGUCUCAGGCCCAGACCAGAGCUGCAAAUGGGCCAAGAGCUGAAUCUUUGGAUGACCAGUUGCUCUCCAGGGAGUCAUCAUCUCAGGUGCUCUGCAGGUCCAUUACUGACAUCUGUGCACCCGAAUAUGAAAAUGUACGUCAUUAUGAGGAGAUCCCAGAAUAUGAGAACUUGCCCUUCUUUAUGGCGCUAGAGAAAACUCCAGAGUCGGAACAGCAGAAUUCCAGCAGUGUGGAGGGCACUCAUGCAAAUGUGUAUGAGGUAGAAGAGCCCUAUGAAGACCCAGAAGGACAGUUGCCACCUGGACCUAGUCUCCAGUCUUCCAGCCGCCCGGGAGUAUCUCAGGAGAGGCACAGUGACCCGCACCUUGGUCUCCGAGACCUUCCCUCAGACGAGGAAGAAGUCACCAACAGUUCUGAUGAUGACGAUGACGACAUCAGCUCUGGGUCCAGUAAAGGGGAGCCUGACUUGCUGGGAUAUAAACAGGAUGAAGAUCCUGGGGUGAAAAGUAAAGUUCAUCAUAUUGCCAAGGAGAUCAUGAGCUCCGAGAAAGUGUUUGUGGAUGUGUUAAAACUUUUGCAUAUUGAUUUCCGGGAUGCAGUAGCCCAUGCUUCUAGGCAGCUGGGGAAGCCAGUUAUUGAGGACCGGAUCCUAAACCAGAUCCUGUAUUACUUGCCUCAGCUGUAUGAACUCAACCGGGAUCUCCUGAAGGAGCUGGAAGAGAGAAUGUUAAACUGGACUGAACAACAAAGAAUUGCUGAUAUCUUUGUAAAGAAGGGGCCAUAUCUAAAAAUGUAUUCCACAUACAUCAAAGAAUUUGAUAAGAAUAUAGCUUUGCUGGAUGAACAGUACAAGAAAAACCCAAGUUUUGCUGCUGUUGUUAAAGAAUUUGAGAUGAGUCCACGCUGUGCGAACUUGGCCCUCAAGCACUACCUGCUCAAGCCAGUUCAGAGGAUCCCCCAGUACAGGCUCCUGCUGACAGAUUAUUUGAAAAACCUUUUAGAAGACUCUGGAGAUUACAGAAACACUCAAGAUGCCCUUGCUGUCGUCAUAGAGGUGGCCAACCAUGCCAAUGACACAAUGAAGCAAGGGGACAACUUUCAGAAACUUAUGCAGAUUCAGUACAGCUUAAAUGGACAUCACGAAAUAGUGCAGCCUGGGCGGGUUUUUCUCAAAGAAGGAACUCUGAUGAAGCUGUCUCGGAAAGUCAUGCAGCCCCGGACAUUUUUCCUGUUGAAUGACGCCCUGUUAUAUACAACCCCAAUGCAGUCUGGGAUGUAUAAACUGAACAACAUGCUCUCAUUGGCUGGAAUGAAGGUUAGAAAACCCACUCAAGAAGCAUAUCAGAAUGAGCUAAAGAUUGAAAGUGUAGAACGGUCCUUCAUUCUGUCCGCCAGUUCUGCCACAGAAAGGGAUGAGUGGCUGGAGGCGAUUUCCAGGUCAAUAGAAGACUACACCAAGAAGAAGACCACAUUCGGCCCUGCCAGGAGCCUGGACGAGGCAGACUCCGAAAAUAAAGAGGAAGUUAGCCCUCUUGGAUCAAAAGCUCCCAUCUGGAUUCCUGAUACCAGAGUCACAAUGUGUAUGAUCUGCACUAGUGAAUUUACUCUGACCUGGAGAAGACACCAUUGCCGGGCCUGUGGAAAAAUUGUGUGCCAAGCUUGUUCAGCAAAUAAAUAUGGCCUGGAUUACCUGAAGAAUCAGCCAGCAAGAGUAUGUGAACAUUGUUUCCAAGAGCUGCAGAAACUAGAUCACCAACACUCCCCUAAGACUAGAUCUCCUGGAAGUCACAAAUCUACUUCAAAUGCCUUAACCUCAGUCUUACAGAGUAUUCCCUCAGGGAGGAAACAGAAAAAAAUACCAGCUGCUCUCAAAGAAGUAUCAGCAAACACCGAAGAUUCUUCUAUGAGCGGCUACUUGUACAGGUCGAAAGGCAAUAAAAAGCCUUGGAAACACCUGUGGUUUGUCAUAAAAAACAAAGUUCUGUACACAUACGCUGCAAGUGAGGAUGUGGCAGCUCUGGAAAGCCAACCUUUACUAGGAUUCACUGUCUCUCAAGUCAAAGACGAGAACUCGGAGUCUAGAGUGUUUCAGCUAUUGCACAAAAACAUGCUGUUUUAUGUAUUCAAAGCAGGUGAUGCCCAUUCAGCUCAGAAGUGGAUAGAAGCAUUUCAGGAAGGCACAGUAUUAUAGCAUUAUUGCUUUCAUCUCUUCUGUGAUGCCAAAAGGGUGGAAUUUCAUCAGAAUGGAACAAAUGCAGUAUAAAGACUUAAAAAAAAAGGGACACUGCCAACAUAAAGCCAAUCAAAAUCUAAAUCAACAAUAAGAAAAUAUUUUUGCUAGGUAUAAGGUAAUUUGUAAUGUUUGUUUUUUUCAUGUAUGUUAUUUAUUAACUUUUUGAUGUUUACUUAAUGGUCAGAAGUAUUUCUGAGAUUCACACUGAAUUCUAGAUAAAAGUCCUUUUGUUUAGAGACCAGAAAACUUUUUACUGUAUAAUAUCAGCUUUUUGUGGUACAGCCCACACUGUUUUUUCCCUGUACUGUGUGGUGUUGCACUGCAAUAUUCCCACUAGUCUAAGUCUUUGUAAAUAAAACACAUAUGUCAAGAAGCAAAUUUUCAUGUAAUUUAUGGUUUAGAAAUUAUCAUUGUUUUAAAAUUGCUGAUGGAAAAAAAUGUAUGUCUUUCAAUCAACAAAAUUAAAUGAAUUUUUAUAGCAUUUAAUGGAAAAAAAACACAAGACCAACUUCUACCUCAGUAACUGUGAAAUGAAAUGCCAGUAAGUCACCUAGACCAGCUCUACUGUUAUGUGACUUGCAUGGCCUGGGAUGUUAUGUCAACAAGGAAUCAGAUAAAGGAAUCGAAUCUACAUUUUUAUUUGUCAAUGAGUAGGAAAGAGGAUUAUUUUCCCUUGCAGAAGAACAUCAAUGAUCAACUCUACAGCCUUUACAUAAAUGUGAUAUUUUUAUUUCAGAGCUACCAGUUCAACAAAAACACAAAUAUAUUGUUUUAAAAAAUCUAAAGAGUUCUGAGCCCCAAUUAAUGGUGUUUGUAUCUACUAAGAAUGCUCUUGUUUCUUAUACUGUUAGACUUUUUUAAACUGCACUGGUAUCUGGAGAAAUGGCUCAUCUGCUCUUGUGGCCUCCUAUGUCUGAGGUGCUUGGUUCAGUCCCAGAACAGCAUGUUGCAAGUACAGUCUGGCUUCUUUCUCUCCUUUCUCUGUCUCCUGUGAAACUCUCUGUAAUCAAUAAAAUCUUUUUUUAAAAAAAGUGGACUAAGAUUGCCAUAUCAGAAGAGCACAAAUGCUAACUGAAACUAGUAUCGAUUUUUAAAGUUUUUUUUUUUUAAUCUUUAUUUAUUUAUUGGAUAGAGACAGCCAGAAGUCAAGAGGAAAAGGGUUGAUAAGAGAGAGAGAGACAGACACCUGCAGCCCUACUUCACCGCUUGUGAAGCUUUCCCCCUGCAGGUGGGGACCUGGGGCUCAAACUCGGGUCCUUGUGCAUUGAAACGUGCGCUCAACCAGGUGCACCUCCACCUGGCUCCCUAAAGUUUUAUUUUUAAAUAUCACUUUGUAGAAUGCCCUCCCAGAUGAUUAGAAAAGUCAUUUCUUUCUUUAACCAAAUGUUAGUGUACCUCAUAAGGAAAGACUUAUAAUUGUUUAUAAACACGUGAACAAUUUUGUGCAUAAAAUUGUUGAUUAGAAGAAAUAUGAAAUUAAAUGUAUGGUUCAUUUCUGACGUUAAGAAAAUAAAUUCAUUGACAGAGUUUAAACUAUGUUAAAAGUAAAGGUUCUCCAUUGCACAUUUCAUAUUCUUCAUAGCAUAUUUCAUGAAAAGGUACAAGAAUGUUUUCUAAGGGAUUUCCUCACUCAGGAUGAUCUUAGCAUUGCCAGAAGAAAGCCUGAGGAUCCUCCUGAAGCCUCUGAACAUGUCUCGUUACAGCAGCAAAGUUCCUGCCAGUCCUGGGUUGGCUGCUGCUGCUUCUGGUCACUUCUUGUUAGGGAAUCAGUCACAUUCUUGUUGCAACCUUGUUCACAAUCCUCACAGUAAACAGAAAUGUUUCUCUCACAGCGGGCGGAUACUUUUCUUGCAGCUCAUCUGUUUGAGUCCAGAUGGAAUAAGUAAGGCUUCCAUACUAAAACGUC